GUUACGUAAAAGGCCACCAACUACAUCGAAAAAGAAUUAGCUUUAUUUUAGAAUUUGUUUGUAUUCAUAUGAAAUUUUACACGUUUGUUUACAUAUUUUAAAGAAUAAUAAUAAAAUAAUGUCCAAAAUUAAUGAAUAUGAUUUAUAUGGAACAAAUUUCUCAACAGAAUCAAUGAAGGUUAUCGCAGAAAGUAUAGGUAUUGGAUAUUUAGCUGACGAUGCAGCAAAAGAACUUGCAGAAGACAUAUCAUUUAGAAUUAAACAUAUCGUACAAGAUGCAGCGAAAUUUAUGAAUCACGCCAAACGUACGAAACUUUUGCAAAGUGAUAUAGAUUCUGCAUUGAAAGCAAAAAAUAUAGAACCGCAGUAUGGUUUUCAGUCAACGGAACAUUUACCUUUUCGGUUUGCUUCUGGAGGAGGUCGAGAAUUACAUUUCAUUGAAGAGAAGGAAGUUGAUUUGAAUGAUUUGUUGCAAAAUAUAAGUCCAAAAGCACCUAUUGAAACCACGUUAAGGUCUCAUUGGUUAUUUAUAGAUGGAGUGCAGCCUACAAUUCCAGAAAAUCCGCCACCCAUUGCAAAAGUCAUUCAGAAAUUGGAAUCUGUAGAUCCAGUGAACAAGAAACCGAUCAAAGAAACAUCUGGCAAACCAUCAACAGGAAAACAAAAAUUAAAAAACGUCGAAACUGUGGAAAUUAAACAAUUAGCAACUCAUGAACUAUCUGUUGAGCAACAAUUGUAUUAUAAAGAAAUUACAGAAGCUUGUGUUGGAUCAGAUGAAGCGAGAAGAGCGGAAGCUCUACAAAGUUUAGCAUCAGAUCCAGGUCUACAUGAAAUGUUACCUAGAAUGUGUACGUUUAUCAUAGAAGGAGUUAGAGUAAAUGUAGUACAAAAUAAUCUGGCACUCUUAAUUUAUCUUAUGAGAAUGGUUAAAGCUCUUUUGGAUAAUCAAUCUUUAUAUUUGGAAAAAUAUCUUCAUGAGUUAAUACCUUCCGUAACAACAUGUAUUGUAUCGAAACAAUUGUGUAUGCGACCGGAAUUGGACAAUCAUUGGGCUCUUCGAGAUUUCGCCUCGCGGUUGAUGGCGCAAAUUUGCAAAAAUUUUAAUACAAGUACAAACAAUAUUCAAACACGAGUAACACGUAUGUUUACAAACGCGUUACAGCAAGAUAAAGUUCCAUUAUCGUCUUUAUAUGGGGCUCUUCAAGGAUUAUCAGAACUUGGUACAGAAGUAACAAGAAUAUUUAUUUUACCAAAAGUAAAAAAUAUAGGAAGUCGAAUAGAAAAUUAUUUAGAAGGAAAUUCAACAUCUAACAUGGAAAAAAUAGCAUCUGGUCACAUUAAAUUAUUACUAAUCAAAGUAUUGGCACCUGUGUUAAAGAGUAUUAGAAAUCCUCCAGAUAAUCUAGAUGAGUAUAGACAAGAUUAUGGAUAUAUUGGUGCAUCUUUACAUGCUGCAGUAAUUAAAGCUAGAACUCAACCAAAUAUUUUACCACAAAGUACACCCGCAUCGGUUUCUGGUGUAAAUAAUCCAAUCACAUGUAAUUCUACCAUUUCCAGAACCAUUGGUGCACCCAGUAAUAUCAUACAACAGCAAAGUCCGAGUACUGGUAGAGCGAUUGUAAUGAAUUCGAAUCCCAGAGCACAAAUUCAACCUUCGAAUCAAAAAUUUGUGUUCGUAACCCAGAGACCACAAACCCCGAUGAGUAGUACUGCCUCACAUCAAAUCCAACAAAAUAUUUCGUCGUCGACGUCAUCUCAAAAUACUGUGGUGAAAUUUGUCUCGAAUUCGAAUCAAAACCAACCGAAACAGCAAAAAUUAGUUGUUGUAUCAAAUCAGGCGACACAAGGAAAUUCGACUUUAUUGAUUUCCAAACAGAAUUUUGCCUUACAACAACUCCAGCAACAACAACAGCAGCAGCAACAACAACAAUCUCCAAUCAUGGAUGAUUUAUCUCAUUUGGUGCAACAAUAGUUAUUUCAAAUGUAAAAAUUUGCAUUUUUACACAGUGUAUAUAUUCAGAGUGGUGUAAAUUAAUAGAUAAUUUUUAAUAACAAUAUUCUACAAUUGUUUCUAAAGUAGAUUGUAGGUAUUUACUAUAUUUAUACAGUACAUUGUACAAUUACUUUUUUUGUAUUUUUCAAAUUUUAAAAUAUUUUUUAAUAUAUUAAACAUAGUAUAAGUAGAA